AUGGGAUGCUAGGAGAUCAUUCGGAAGACUCUGAAGGACAUAAAGUAAAGCAGAAGCAAAAUUUUGAUUGAGGAUGCAUUGAGUGCAAUUUGUGAGAAGGAAUUCAUAGGAUAUGCUUAUAUCAGUAGAACAGUUCAAUCUGGAUGCAAUUUAUUUAUCGGUGGUUGGAGAGACUAAUUGACUGAAUAUCUCAUGAGGAGAGAAUCAAAUGAAACGAUUGAUUAUAUAGUAAAAAAGGUUUAUUAAUAUUAAUAAAUGUCUACGAAGUCUUUGGAGGAGGAAAUCAAAUCUCUAGAAUCGAAGAUUGGUAGGAUGUCAGAAGAUAUAGAAGGAUUAGAUAAAUAUUAUGCAGAUAAAAGUCAUCAGCUUUUUCAUUUGAAUACACAAAUUGAAGGGCUUUCUAAAUCUCUGAAAUAACGAAAGGAAUUAGGCACAGAUAAAAUUAAAGAACAAUUAGAAUAAGAACAAGUUGUUUUGAAGAAGAGUUAAGAAUAAACCGAUGUCAAACUAAGAAAAACAUUUUAGAAUUUCUUUACUCAACAGAAAACGAGAAUGUAUUUAUUAGCGAACAAAUCAAAUUAAAAGAUGGAUGUUAAUUCUGUAGCUGUCUUUUUACUAGAGAAUCCUCAUAAGUUUGUGUUAACCAGAUGGAAUGAGGAUGAAACCUAAGAUUUUAAUGAUGGAUUUGCAGUCACCUAUAGAUGUGUUACAUUUCUAAUUAAGAAAACAACAACACUCUAAUAGAUCUUCGAGUGGAGUGUCUAAUAUUGGGAACUGUCUAGAAGUGAAUACACAAUGGUCGAUAAGAAUUGCAAUUGCAUGGAUCUAUUGAUGAAUUAUUCAGCAGAAAACUUCUUCUCUGCUCAUAAAGAACAAGUCCAAUUCGCAUGUCUUUAUGUAUAUCGUAAAUAAUUGGCUACUAACUUUUUACUGGAUGAGUAAAAGAUCAAUAUCUCACUUCCAAAUAGGAAUCAAUAAGCAAGUUAGGAUGAUGAAAACAUUAAAUAGAUAAGAAAAGAACUGGAUGAAUUUGUGGAUGUUUAACCUGGUUUGAAACUUUAUGAAAACCAAAACUAAGAAGAAAACAUUGAAAGUACUGAUAUCAGUAUAGGCUGGAAAAUAUUUCUAUUGAUCUUAUCAGCUACUCUUCUUAUCUUAAUCUAUCUAAAUUCUAAAAAUAUCAUGGAUUACGAAACAACUUCUUAAGUUAGAUUAACCUUGCAUAAUUAUCUACUUGAAGUUAAAUAUGGUCUGAAUACAGUUUCUACUAUAGAUGAUCUGUACAAAAAAAUCAAUUUGAUUACUAUAGUGGAUAAGUUUAAUGUGACUCAAACGGAUGGAUCUGUUUAAGAAGAAAUCAAAAUUCAAUUCUAAUUCAUCCAAAUGGGACCUAAGUUUAAGGUGUUUCAGGUAUAGAGUAGUAAUUAUUCGUGUAAUGAAAUCGAAUUAGCAUCAGGAUACAAUGAAUGCUAUUAUUCAAUAUAUAGUGAUACGAAUGCCUUAAAAAGUUAAAUUACAGCUCCAGAUGGAAAUACUUAUCCUUGGGGUGAAUACAAAACUGAAUAAGAGUCUGGUGUAUUUCCUUUUAGUGGCAUUCUCUCAAAUUAUGAAGGAGGUGGUUUUGAUGAAUCAUAUGACUCUUAUGAGUAUGUUGAUGACAAAGUAUAAACACACAAAUCUUAGGGUAUGUUCAAUAUCUAUACAACCAAAAUGGUACUCUUCAACAUCGUAAUUUAUGAUGACAGCAGAGAAUAAUUCUAUGUCAUUUAUUAUUUUUUCGAGAUCGCUCCUAGUUAUGAAAUUGUUCAAUAAUUGCAUAUUUAAAGUUUCAAAUGUUUGAAACCAGAUGAAUCAGCCAAUUUCUGGCUUAUUGAAUAUGUAAUGUUAACCAUAUCAGGACUUUUAAAUUCUAUCAUGAUAUUUGUUGCCGUCAAAGAGACUCUUAAUCAAAUUCAAAAAAAAUAUUAAAACUUUUAGCUGAGAAGAGAUUUUACUGCCUUCAUAUAAGUGGGUAUAAUGUAUCAAUUGACAAUAUUCAUUUUGCAAUUGGUAAGUUUCUUAAUGUUCUCAUCAAUUCCUUCUGAUUCAUUGGAUAUUCUAUAACAUUCUGCAGAGUCUUCUAUCAUGUAUUACGCAAAUCAAUUUAAUAAUGGAUUAAUUAUUAGAGGAGUUCUUAUCAUUUUAGUAGGUUUCAACACUCUUAAAUUAUUUUAAAUUUCAGAAUCAGUCGCAUUUGUUUAGGCUAUGGCUGCCAAAGGAGCUGAGAACAUCAUUAUGAUUAUUAUCUUUGCAAUUACCAUAUUAGCCUCCUAUGCAUUCAUCUUCUAUUAGGUUAUUCUCCUAAAGAUUUGA